AUGCUUAGUCACAAUAUUGAACAUCUCACAGCAAUAUUCAAAGCAGCCGAAGCAAAACGAUCUCCACUGAUUCUCCUUCUGUUUCCUUCUACUCUGAGACUGCUACCAACUCUAGCCUGGGCAGCAUCCGCAGCUAUAAACUCUGCGUUCGUUCCGCUCUCUCUACAUCUCGAUCAUGCACAAGAUGUAUCUCAGAUCGAAGAGGGUGUUAAGACUUUGCCUUUCGACUCUAUUAUGGUCGAUAUGGGCCACUAUGAUCACGAGGAAAAUCUUGCCAAGACCGCUGCACUGACGAGGCUGUGUCAUGAGCGAGGUAUCGCUGUCAAGGCGCAGAUUGGGCGUAUUAAUGGAGGGGAAGAUGGCAUUGCUGACACUGGUGAUGUUGAAGGCAACCCCAUUUACUUCUCCCAAGUAGAAGACUUCCUCAAAGCAGGCAUCGAUAUUCUCGCUCCGAUUGUUGGCAAUAUUCAUGGUGACUACAGUCCUAAGGGACCGGAACUCGACCUCGCCAGGCUCUCAUCCAUUAAUCAACAAGUCAGCGGGUGUGCAGUUAUGGCACUCCACGGGACAAAUGACUUCACCGCUGGGGUCAUGCAAGACUGCAUCAAAGCUGGCGCUAUAAAGCUCAACGUCAAAAAGUUAGUUUUGGAGGUUUGGCACGUCCAUUUGAAGAAGAAUGCACGUAAGCCUUUUAUGCAAUGA